AUGUCUACUUCAGAAGACAACCCGUUGACUUCGCUUCGUAUUUCCCCUGCCACCCUUGCGGACUACGAGGAAAUCAAACCAAGGCCUCCCCACAAGGGCCCACCCUUCGCGCUCAUCAGGACCAACGAGCACCCAGACCUCCCCCUCCGAAUUCACAAUUAUACCGACAAAGCAACCCGGUGGCACAUAGGCGACCCGCUCGUCCAAGCUGCCCGAGCCCUCAUAACGGAGCGCACAACGGGGAAUAUCGUUUCUCGUUCUUUCUCCAAGUUCUUCAACUUUCAUGAACGACCGGCGUACAAGCCGACGGGAGAUGAAUACACAUCCGUUGUAGAGGAGAAGGUGGAUGGAAGUAUUAUCAGCCUGUUUUGGUAUGCAGGGCAAUGGAGGAUGGCUAGCAAGGCCCAGUUCUCCGGACCCCACGUGAGCGCAGCGGAGGAGGUGCUACGCGACCUGUACCCCGGUGCCACGAGCCUUCUCGACAAGGAAAAGGCAUACGUCUUCGAGCUUGUAUACCCCCGAUUGCCUUUGGCCAUAAAGUAUACAGAAAACAAGCUUGUGCUUCUGUCGAUCAUUGGCAAAGACGGUUCCGAACCUCCAUGGGAUUUCGAUUGGUCGAUUUUCCCGUUCCCCCGACCUCGAGUCCAGCGAGUGGAGCACGGAACGGCAUUGAAUAUGAAGGAAUUGAAGGCGCUGAACCUAGCAAACGAGGAAGGGUUUGUUGUCAAAUACUACAGGACAAAGGAUGACCGACGGCCUCAGAGGAUUAAAGUCAAGUUCGAGGCCUACCUUGCGAUAUGCGCGUUCGAUAGGUACUCCCCGCGGAUCAUCGUAGAAGAUUACAUUCGCGCGAGGGCAGCCAUCCCAUCCCUGGAUUGGGCAAAUGUGGUCAAGCCGAAGCUGGAGGCAGUCAGACUCGCAAACGCUGAAUCCCGGGCGGGAGCAGCAGAUGAUUUCGGGGGAGAAGCGUGGCUGGCUGCACUGGCAGCUUUAGACGCACGCGUCUAUAAACUCUUUGAAGAGAAGGAACGCGAGUUACUUCGAGCGAGGGAAACGUUACGCAGUGCUGGAUACGAUAUUCCGGGACCCCGGUCAGGCAAGGAGAGGGGACCUUUUGUUGUGAAGAUCAAAGAGAAUGCAGACUCGACAGUGCAGAAAGCCUUGUUUGCGUGGGAUGCGGGUGCUGGAGAUAAGAAGGUGAUAGAGUCUUUCCUCAAGGCCGUAGUACUGCCUGAGGAUUUGAAGUCGGGAGAAGCGGUCCGAGUCGAGGCGGUCCCUUGA